AUGGAUUCAGUACCAAACGAAAUCUUCCGCCAGAUCUUGGUGGCGGCAAAAUGCGGCAGUCCAACCACCGGCCGUUUCCUCCCAUGUCUCCUAGUCAGCAAGACCUGGCGAGACCUGGCUACGCCCAUCCUGCACAGCUGCAUUGUACUGACCCCGGAGACGACUUCUCGAUUCAUGAAGGUGUUUCAACGGCAUGAGUACGGCAUGCAGGUGCGUUCGCUGACCUGGAGACUUGACCCGCUCCGCCCCAAGGCGAAAGAAGUGGCAAAUGGCUUCGGGGACCCGAACUCUAGGAGCGUCGCCGCCGAUCUGCCAGACGAGAACGGGAAGGCCCUGGCUACUCUUCUCCCCCGUCUCACCAACUUGACUUCAUUUUCUCUCUACUACACCGCAGAUACCAACGGAGCCCACCUUCAGCGUCGAUUGUUGAUCAACGUGAUCGAAGCUCUUCCCGAGAGCUGCACGAGCCUGGAAAUCGAUACUAUGGGCAUCGAUUCUCGCUCCCCGGAGGAAAAGGUCCAUGUUUGCGAGGCCCUACGCUCUGUUCUACCUCGUGUGCGCCACGUUAGGAUCCGGAUAGGUGCCAUGUGUGCAGCAAUGUUUGGGUCCGGUCCGUUGCUGAACGGCUGCCCUCCAUUGCCGGGACAAGAUGGCUCGUUCGUCCCCAUUGCAAUGCCGAACAUCCACAGCCUGACUGUCGAUUGUAAAUACCUCGGAGACUGGUCUUACACGCAGUGCUGUGGAUCCGAAGACUAUAAAGGCUGGGUCAACGAACCGGGGGGUUCUGCGUGGUUUCCUAUCACGGCAGGAUUGGAAAGGGUCGUGGAGACAGAACGGGCUGUGCCCCGCGAGGCAGAUAUCAUCGUCAUGGGCUUCGUCCCGGGCUUGUACGAACCUUCUUGUGCGUGGCCAGCAUCCAUUCGAGCGGACAUGAUCAAAAAGGAAUCGUGGGCUAUCCCGAAACUUUGGAGAUGGGUGCGCAUGCCAGAUGGCCGGGAGUUGGAGGCGGUAAAGCAGAUUGAUGUAGAUAGCUUGGUCGAGGGUGAUUCAUGGCGCAAUCUCGUCAGUGGUGCAAGAAUCGCCAAAGCAGUCAUAGAAGCUGCGGCCAUCGGGAGGGCACGAAUCGCAGCUGUUAAUGGUGAAGUCAAACCCAUCCGGUUCAAGACCAGAAAGCAGCGGGUGAAGAAAGCUCAUAAUUCAUUUUUCGGCCUUGAGGACAACGCACUCUGGAGCAAUGAAAAACGCGCCCAGCAAGUUUUACUCAAAGCCUAG